AUGGGAGAGGAAACCGCCAGCAGUCUCCCCUCUGCGGUGAGCGCGGAGCUACGGGAAUGCCAUUCGCAGGCUCCCUCCUCGCGUGUGCUAGCGGCAGCCGCGACACGCCACGUAGACCCAGCUACCGCGUCCGAAGCUCGUUCUCAAACUAAUGCCGCGUCUACGGUCGCCCUUAGCAGCAACAAUAAUAGUAAGCAUAAUGGCAAUGACGGGGGCACUGCUCCUCUGGGAGUGGCGCUGGAGGUAGAAAAUUUGCGGCUGCGCGACGAGGUUCAGCGGCUUCGUCAGGAGCUUUCAGAGUUGCGGGAACGUCAGAAAAGUGACGCCACCGGUGUGCGACCAGAGCCUGCUAUUGUAGAUCUUUUGCAAAACGCAAAGGCCAAUCUAAAGGAACUCGGUAAAGAGUUGGGGGUUCCAUUGCAAUUUGACAUGAAUCUCACCUGCGUCAUUGGCACGGAUGAACGUCAGACCGUGUUGGUGACCUUUGACCCCGCUACCGAGCGGCUUUACGUGUAUUCGACGCUACUGACGCAGCUGCCCGAGGAUGCAGCGGUGCGUGUCAAGAUGUAUGAACUUCUUUUGGAGGGUUCCUUACUGGGACGUGAAGUGUGCGGCGGCGGCAUCGGCAUGUCGUUGCAGAAUGGUAUCGUGCUGCUGUCAACCACCAUUCCGUUGCGUUAUUGCUCCUCUUUAGCCCUAAAAGACACCAUGCCAUCCUUUGUUGAAACCCUGGGACGUUGGCGCUCCCUCAUCAACGAACUUCUUGAGUAA